AUGUUCCGCCUUGCUGUAUUCUACUCUAACCCAGAAGAUGAAGUGAGGACACUACUCCGUGCCACCAAGGCUGAACCUCUGACUCUAGUAAACGAGCACCAUAUUACUCCUCAUCAUAGAACCACUAAAACUGAUCUCCAUAACCUCAUUCUCGAUUUGUUGGUAGAUAAUAACAGACUCACAUCAUCGGCUCAUGAACAACAUCUAACUGCUGAUAAGAGCACCCUGGCAGCCAUGAUGAUGAAAAUAGAGCUCGCCACCCUAGAACGUGAACGGGAGAAGGAAGCUCUUCAGAUAAGAGAACUGGAAGCUGAACUUCAACUCAAAAUCGCUGAAAAACAAGUUGCUAUCCAGAAGGAACAACUUGAACUCCAACAUGAACGUGAGAGGGAGCAAGCUGCCAUGCAGAAGGAACAAGAAGCUCUGCAGGUAAGAGAAGAGGAACUUCAGCUCCAACGUGAACAGGAAGCUCUGCAGGUAAGAGAAGAGGAACUUCAGCUCCAACGUGAACAGGAAGCUCUGCAGGUAAGAGAAGAGGAACUUCAGCUCCAACGUGAACAGGAAGCUCUGCAGGUAAGAGAAGAGGAACUUCAGCUCCAACGUGAACAGGAAGCUCUGCAGGUAAGAGAAGAGGAACUUCAGCUCCAACGUGAACAGGAAGCUCUGCAGGUAAGAGAAGAGGAACUUCAGCUCCAACGUGAACAGGAAGCUCUGCAGGUAAGAGAAGAGGAACUUCAGCUCCAACGUGAACAGGAAGCUCUGCAGGUAAGAGAAGAGGAACUUCAGCUCCAACGUGAACAGGAAGCUCUGCAGGUAAGAGAAGAGGAACUUCAGCUCCAACGUGAACAGGAAGCUCUGCAGGUAAGAGAAGAGGAACUUCAGCUCCAACGUGAACAGGAAGCUCUGCAGGUAAGAGAAGAGGAACUUCAGCUCCAACGUGAACAGGAAGCUCUGCAGGUAAGAGAAGAGGAACUUCAGCUCCAACGUGAACAGGAAGCUCUGCAGGUAAGAGAAGAGGAACUUCAGCUCCAACGUGAACAGGAAGCUCUGCAGGUAAGAGAAGAGGAACUUCAGCUCCAACGUGAACAGGAAGCUCUGCAGGUAAGAGAAGAGGAACUUCAGCUCCAACGUGAACAGGAAGCUCUGCAGGUAAGAGAAGAGGAACUUCAGCUCCAACGUGAACUUAAGAAGGAACAAACUGCCCUCCAAAAGGAACGUGAACUGAAAGCUCUUCAGGUAAAAGAACGUGAAGCUGAACUUCAAAUUAAAGUCACUGAAAAACAAACCGCCAUCGCUCUAAAGAGCUGA